AUGGCGUCUCCGGGAGCUCUGGAGCCGGCGCCCGCCAGCGUCCCGGCCACCAAGCUGGAGCUCACCGUCUCCUGCAGGAACUUGCUGGACAUGGACACCUUCUCCAAGUCUGACCCUGUAGUGGUUCUGUUUGUCCAGGGGAGCGGCAGCAAGGAGUGGAGGGAGUUUGGACGCACCGAAGUGAUUGACAACACCCUGAACCCCGAUUUCGUCCGCAAGUUCGUCCUUGAUUAUUUCUUUGAGGAGAAGCAGAACCUGCGCUUUGAUGUCUAUAACGUGGAUUCCAAGAGCUGCAACAUCUCUAAACACAAGGACUUUCUGGGCCAGGCAUUUGUGGCGCUGGGCGAAGUGAUUGGAUCCCAGCGGAGCCGCUUGGAGAGACCCCUCACGGGGGUCCCAGGUAAGAAGUGUGGGACCAUCCUGCUGUCAGCUGAGGAGCUCAGCAACUGCCGGGACAUUGUCACGAUGCAGCUCUGUGCCAACAAGCUGGACAAGAAGGACUUCUUUGGGAAAUCCGACCCUUUCCUCGUCUUCUACCGCAGCAAUGAGGACGGCACGUUCACGAUUUGCCACAAGACAGAAGUAGUGAAAAAUACACUCAACCCUGUAUGGCAGCCCUUCUCCAUCCCUGUGCGAGCCUUGUGCAACGGGGACUAUGACAGGACAGUGAAGAUAGACGUGUACGACUGGGACCGGGAUGGAAGCCACGAUUUCAUUGGGGAGUUUGCCACGAGCUACCGGGAGCUUUCCCGUGCUCAGAGCCAGUUCACAGUCUACGAGGUGUUAAAUCCAAAGAAGAAAUGCAAGAAGAAGAAAUACAUCAACUCUGGAACGGUGACCCUUCUCUCCUUUGCUGUGGAGUCCGAGUUCACCUUUGUGGAUUACAUCCGAGGCGGGACACAGCUGAAUUUCACAGUUGCCAUUGAUUUCACGGCCUCCAACGGGAUCCCAUCGCAGCCCACCUCCCUGCACUACAUGAGCCCGUACCAGCUGAGCGCCUACGCCAUGGCACUGAAGGCCGUCGGCGAGAUCAUCCAGGACUACGACAGUGACAAGCUUUUCCCCGCCUACGGUUUUGGUGCCAAGAUCCCACCUGACGGCAGCAUUUCCCAUCAGUUCCCCCUGAACAGCGACGUGGAGAACCCAAGCUGCGUGGGGAUUGAUGGCGUCCUGGAGUCCUACUUCCAGAGCCUGCGCACGGUGCAGCUGUAUGGGCCCACCAACUUUGCCCCCGUCAUCAACCAGGUGGCCCGCUUGGCUGCUCAGGUGACGGACGGAUCGCAGUACUACGUCUUGCUCAUUGUCACCGACGGCGUCAUCUCAGACAUGAUGCAGACCAAGGAGGCCAUCGUCAAUGCCUCUGCCCUGCCCAUGUCCAUCAUCAUCGUGGGAGUGGGCCCAGCAGAGUUUGAUGCCAUGGAAGAACUGGAUGGAGAUGAUGUGCGGGUCUCCUCCAGGGGGCGCAAUGCAGAGCGGGACAUUGUGCAGUUCGUGCCAUUCCGGGAUUACAUGGAUCACUCUGGGAACCAGGUGCUGAGCAUGGCGCGCCUGGCCAAGGACGUGCUGGCCGAGAUCCCGGAGCAGCUGCUUUCCUACAUGAAGAGUCACGACAUCAAGCCCCGCCAUACUGACCCACAGUAGCUCCUCCUCUGUGCAGCCCAAGCCAAUCAGACACUGCUGCUCCUGCCAGGCCUGAGGCUGCACCCCCCAGCAUGCGCCCACCUGAGUUGAGCUGGUUGUCGCCCCCUGGAUGCAGCCCCGGAGGCUGGCUCGGCCCUCAGGGCUGGCACUGUGCCUCUGUCUGGGGGAGGGCCGCUGCUGACCUGGGCUCCCUUCCCUGCCAGCUGCAGGCAGCCCAGGAGCCUGGGAGCAGAGCAGGGUCAGAGGUGUUCAGCAGUGUCUUGUCAGGCCCCCCCCCCACUGGCCCAAUAAGGGGGCGCGGAGCCCUGCCCUGUCCAGAUCCUGCCAAUAAAGCUU